UUCAAACAAAAGGUCGGUUGUUGGGCUGGUCUUUUCUUAUACCUUUAUGAUAAAAUCCAAAAAAGGUCUUUACAUCACACGAUUCUCAGUUGGCUAAUUUUGGUGCUCUAAGCUAAUAUCCAAUGACUCAUUCGUUGUCAAAUGGGCCUAAGUAAUGGGUUUGAUUGUUGAAGAAUAUGUCAAGUCAUGUCAUAUAAACCAACUUUUUUGAGCCUGAAAUUUGUUCCCCAACGUAUAUCAAGUUGAUAUUCCGGAUCUUGAAUAUAAACUAAAUGAGUUCAAUCUUUUACUUCUUUAGUAUAGAUUGUCAAGUUACUCAUUUUUGUUCAAACCACCCACCUCGAAUGUACUGUGAUUUCAGAUGAACUAGAUGCGACAUGCGCCUCAGAUUACAACUAUGUUUCAUCUGCUAUCACAAACAGUAGGAGAUGCACAAAUACUCUGCCUUCACUACCUUAAAAUCUUGGAUUUGUUUCUCGUGGAAAUAUACAAGUACUCUUUCUUAAAAAUCUUGAAUACUACUAUGGAUAUUAGUCAGAAUCCUUGUUAAACUUCUUUAGGUUGUCACUUGUCAAGUUGACUUGUAUAAUUUCUCAAUUUUCAUCAUCGAUUAUAAAUUAGAGUUGACUCUACCCAUGUGAGCUUUGGAAAGUUUAACCGAUUUAAAAGAAAUAAGUUUACGAUCACAUGGAAUAUGACAUAGGGGGAGUAUGAUAAUAAGUAAGACUAAGUUGCAAUUGCAAUACACAACACUAUUACCAUUAAUUCUACUCCAAAUUAAUUGAUAGAUCGUCAAUCGAACCUAACUAAUAAAGGUGAAACUAGCCAACCAAUUGAUCUAAUAAUCAAAGUUACGAUCUCAACCAAUUCAAAGCACUCUAGACUUUGAAUUUUUUUAUUGUUCUAUUUGCCCUUUAUUUGUUUGAUUUUAAUAAAGGUGACAAAUCUUUAAUUGCAUGUAUGGCUUUCUCCUCAAGAAUUAAAGAACUCUGUUUCUGCUCACUCUCCAAUUGGUUAGUUUCUGAGUGUAUAUAUACAACCCAAGAAACGAACUCCUAACAAACCCAUCUUCUCCAUUUUGUUAGAGUUCGAGUCGGAAUACACAGUUCCCAUUACUGAUUUCUUAAUUUUGCAAAACUUUUGAGCUUUCGUUUUAGUGCGCCAUUAUUCUUUCAGCAUUUCCUACUGAUUUUCCUCUUCAAGUAAGAUUCUUUUUGCGAACCCCAAAUGGAAGAACCACAAGGACACAAGUUUAUAUGCAAAUUUUGUGACAAGAGUUGUGAUAGUGGAAAGUCAUUGGGAGGUCACAUGAGGGGUCAUUUAGCAUUGAUUUCAGCUGCAAAGAAUCAGAAAGAAGAAGCUGAUGGCAAAAUGGGUUCUCAAGAAGAAGAAGAAGCUGCAAAUACCCAUGAAGAUUUGAGCAUUUCAGGGCAAUCUGAUGGAAGCAUGAAUCAAGAAAAGGAAAAUAAUAUCAGCAUUGGUGAUGAUGGUGACUCAGUUGGUUACAGUUUAAGAGAGAAUCCAAGAAAAUCUUGGAGGGUUUCUGAUUUAAAGAUUUGUUCUUUGGAAACAACAAACAUCUGUAAAGAAUGUGGCAAAGAAUUCCCCUCCAUGAAAGCUCUGGCAGGUCAUUUGCGAACUCAUUCGAAGAAAGGGAUGGAAAAAUGUCAUAUUUGUGAGAAAUGUGGAAAAGGGUUCGUUUCAAUGAGGGCCCUUUUUGGUCACAUGAAAGUUCACUCGAAAAGAUUAAGGGUUGAUAAUCAAGAUUCUGAAUCAAAACAGAGUUUGUCUGAUUUCGAUACUGUUUGCCCUAUUCGGAAGAAGAGAUCAAAGAUAAAGUAUAAGAUGGACGCAAGUUCUUCUUUUUCCGGUUUGAAUGAAUCCUCUUCUGCAAUUAGUGAAGUUGAUGAAAUGGAAGAAGCUGCUAGGUGUUUGAUGAUGCUGUCAUCGGGUGUUACGGACUGGGAUGAAUACAUUUCGAUUUCAGAGAAUUCUACAAAUGAAAAUGUCAUUCUUGAAAGUGAAUCAUUACACUGUGCUAAGGGGAUUUCCGCUGAUGCUUUUACUGUAAAGCAUUUGUCUCAUACUGUCUUUUCUGAUUCUGGCUGUGUUGAUGGUUACGAAAAGAACUACGAAAUUGCUGAGUUUUCAGACAGGUUGAUGUUGAUCAACACUGAGAUCACAAAGGUGUGCUAUUCUACUGAAAUGCAGUUUGAGAAUGAUCCAAGCUCAUCAGUUGUAAUGCAGGAUCUUGCUUUUCUGAAUUCUUGUUCAGUCAAGAAUGCAGGGCUGAACAUGGGCAAUUCUCAACUUGGAGAAAUCAGGACAAGUCCUGAUCCUAUCAAAAGCAAGGUUCACAAAUGCCCAAUUUGCUCCAAAGUUUUCCCAUCAGGCCAAUCUUUGGGAGGUCACAAGAGGGCUCAUUACACUGGAUUCACUGAAAGCAAAACUAAAGAGACUAUGGUGAAAAAAUUGGAUGAUGUUGCUGAUAAUCAUAAAUCUUUUUUUGAUCUGAAUAAUCCUGUUAUUGCUAUGGAUGGAGAGGAAAAAGAUGUUGAGCUCAAGCUUUGGUGGGUUGAAAGUGGUGACGCGUUGAUGAUGUCGAGUUGAGAUAAUUCAUUCUCAGUUUCUGCUCUAGAGGUUUAAGAAUCAGAUAAUUUUUUGAUUCUUUUUCAUGCUAGAGUUUCAUCAUUGUAAAAAUAGUGUUUUCAGUCUUGGAAUAGUUAAACAUUUUCCUGCCAAAACCACAAUGAGAAAUGAGGCAUACAAACUACAAACAUUACUGGUAACUUUUUUGUUCAUUGCAUUGAAUGUCUUAAUCAGUUCAACUCUUGUGGAUAAUUUGUGCUAUAUGAAAGAAAGUAAUUCUUGUUUA